GUCUUUCGGUGAAAGACCGGAGGUGGAGUUAUAACGUUCUGCUUUUUUGUUGAUUUAAAAGUUAUUGAAAUGCAUGAGUGUGUAUUCUGAAUAGUGUACAGCUAAUAAUUACCGUUGGAGUAACGUAUUUGCCAUCUAAAACGUGAAUAUAAGAUGGAGUUCUCGCGGAAAAGUAUGUCGAUGGCAUCAUUAGCCUUACUUCUUAUCGCCUCUUUCAUCGGCAUUAGUGAGGAAAUUGCUGUUAUGAGCAUCGAUAUUGGUAGUGAAUGGAUGAAAGUUGGUAUUGUCUCGCCUGGUGUCCCUAUGGAGAUAGCUUUAAAUAAAGAAUCCAAGAGGAAAACACCAGUAUCGAUUGCAUUCAGAGAUGGUGAAAGAUCCUUUGGCGAAGAUGCCCAAGUGAUUGGUGUACGAUUUCCACAGAACACUUAUUCCUAUAUCCUAGAUCUCCUAGGGAAGCCCAUAGAUAAUCCCCUAGUGCAACUCUACUUAAAGAGGUUUCCUUAUUACAAUAUUAUUGCUGAUGAUGAGAGGAAAACUAUAGCAUUUAAGUUAAAUGAGAAUACAACGUAUACCCCAGAGGAAUUACUUGCGCAGAUAUUGCACAAGGGCAAAGAAUUUGCAGAGGCCUCUGUUCAUCAGAAAAUCAAUGAAGCUGUUAUUACAGUCCCAGGAUUCUUUAAUCAGGCUGAGAGAAAGGCCUUGAUACAAGCAGCAGAGCUUACUGGCUUGAAAGUGUUACAGCUAAUAAACGAUUAUACAGCUGUUGCCCUGAACUAUGGUGUCUUUGGCAGAACUGAGAUAAAUGAUUCUGCACAUUACAUUAUGUUUUACGAUAUGGGUGCCAGCAGCACUACUGCGACAGUUGUCAGUUAUCAGAAUGUGAAGACGAAAGACAGGGGUUUCAUUGAGACCAAUCCUCAUGUUACUGUACUAGGUGUGGGGUACGAUCGUACACUUGGUGGACUAGAGAUGCAAAUCAGGCUACAAAAUUAUUUGGCUAAAGAAUUUGAUGCUCUAAAGAAGACAUCAAACUCGGUAUUUAAGAGCCCGAGAGCAAUGGCGAAGCUUUUCAAAGAAGCUGGUCGUGUAAAAACUGUACUCAGCGCUAAUGCAGACCACUUUGCACAGAUUGAAAGCCUGAUAGAUGAUAUUGACUUCAGAUUGCAAGUCACAAGAGAGAAGCUCGAAGAGAUAUGCGCUGAUCUAUUUGAGCGUGUAGCACACCCUGUGAAAAUAGCAUUGGAAACGUCAGGUUUGGCAAUAGAUGUCAUAUCACAUGUUGUAUUGGUAGGGGCAGGUACACGAAUGCCAAAAGUACAAGAAAGACUGUCUCAGUACGUAAAAACGGAGUUGUCAAAGAACGUGAAUACAGAUGAAGCUGCUGCUCUAGGAGCUGCAUAUAAAGCAGCUGAUCUCAGUCAAGGUUUCAAAGUUAAGAAGUUUGUUACAAAAGACGCCGUGGUGUUCCCGAUUCAAAUCGUAUUUGAUAGAAUUAUCGAUAAUAAAGUUAAACAGGUGAGAAAAACAUUGUUCAGCAGAAUGAAUCCUUUCCCACAAAAGAAGAUUAUUACUUUCAGCAAGCAUACGGAAGAUUUCGACUUCCAAGUGAAUUAUGCCGAGUUGGAUUAUUUGUCGUCCAGUGAGGUACUUGCUAUUGGUAAUUUAAAUAUAUCUACCAUAUCCCUGAACGGCGUAGCCGAAGCUUUAGAGAAGCACGCUAAAGAAGGCGCCGAAAGUAAAGGAGUCAAGGCGCACUUCAAUAUGGACGAUAGCGGAAUACUGAAUUUAUUGAACGUAGAACUAGUUUCCGAAAAGUCGAGCAUUGCCACUAACGAGGAAGAGGGUACUUUCUCAAUACUUGGCUCAACUAUAACUAAAUUCUUUGCAGGUUCCAAUGAAAAAGAGACUGCAGAAAAGACUGAAGAGCCACCGAAAGAGGAUAUAAAACCGGUGCACGAUGAACCGGAAUAUCCGGAGUCAUCAAAGGACACGGAAGAGAAGACGAAGAAGAAGAACGAAACGAAAUCGAAUGAAGAUAAAGCUGGAAAUAAGACUGAAAAGGCGGACAAAGAAAAGAAAGCUACCAUCGUUCAGAUCAAAGAACCUAUCAGCUCGAAGGAGACCAAAUUGGGAUCGCAAAUUCUUUCCGGUGAAAAACUUACACAAUCUCAAGACAAGAUAUAUAAUUUGGACAUGCAUGAUUCGGAGAAAACACGCCGAGAGACAGCAUUGAAUAAUCUUGAGUCAUAUGUAAUCGAUGCGCAGCAAAAACUUGAUUCCGAAGAAUACUCGGCUGCAUCCACCGAGAAGGAGACUGAGGAGAUACGUAAAGCGUGCGCUGAGGUUUCCGAGUGGUUGUACGAGGAUGGAUUUGCCGCAACUGCGGAAGUGUAUGAGGAGAAGUUGUCGGAAUUGCAGAAGUUGACCAACGAUAUCUAUGAGAGAGUUUCCGAGCAUCGGGAUCGUCCGGAAGUUCUGAAAGCAGUAUUUUUACUUCUCGAUAAUAGUAAAUUGUUCUUAAAUAGUAUGAGGAACUUGAGUUCAACGGCUGAUGUCAUCACGCCCGUCGAAGUAGAGACGUUAGAAAAGAUGAUUAACGAGACGCAGGAUUAUUAUGACAUGGUUACAAAACAUUAUGCUGAAACGCCGUUGAACGAACCAGUAAAAUACAAAGUCCGGCAGAUCACGAACAAAAUGGAUUUACUUGAUAGAGAAAUUAAAUAUCUUAUAAAUAAGAUAAAAAUUUGGAAGCCGAAGCAGGAAGCUGCGGCAAAUAACCAGACGGACAGUAAAGCCGAGCAGGCGACAGAAAACCAAGAGGAACCCCCGCUUGAUGUAACGACAGAAACUAACGCUGAAAAGGAUAAAUCUGCGGAAAAAGAAACUGCGUCAAACGAGCAGAGGCAGGAGCGACAACAAGUACCAGUGACAGAUAAGGAGUCAGUAUUUAUACCAGAAAGGGAGGAACCGCUAAGUGAAAACGAAGUUGAGGAGGACACGCAUCAAGAACUAUAAAGAAAUAAUUUAUUUAAAAGUGUGAUUCUUUGUUAUUGAUCGACGGACUGCGUCGAUUUAGGGCAAUUUCUGUAGAUUUAUCUUCGGAUGCAUUUAAAACUAAUCAAAUGUUUACGCGUUUGUUCUGCGGGUGGAUAAAUUAUUUCAUGAAUUUGAAUAUGAAUUUUUUCUGUAUUUAAUUAAUGAUAUUAUAUGGGCGCUGGAGGAUGUACGCGAAUAACUUUAUUCGUUGAUUUAUUUAUCAUGAAAGUGUUAUUAACGCAUGGUCGGAAGAUAAUUGGUAAGAGUCUUAUUGGGAACUACUUUACUUGCGAUAAUUAUGUUACACAAGUGCCAAGCAAUAGCAGGUUCUGAUUCUCAACUUAUCUAAUAUAGACACACGUGUGUGAAUAGGCCAGUUCUUACGAAAUGUUCACAUAUAUGUCGAAUCUUUAAAAUUGUAAUAUAUCGAACUUUUUGCAUGUUAAACAUAUUUAAA